AUGAACGAACCGCACGCAUAUACAGAUGAGAGAAAUGUGACGACAGAUAAUGAUGCGUUCACACCACAGUCGUUGAAUGCAUUUCUUGAUAAUUCUAUAGAUGCAUGUACACUGAUGGAAUUGGAAAGUACAAUGCAAAGCAAUAUUGAAGAUAUUGAAGACGUCGAAAAUGUUGAAGACGUUAACAAUGUCGAAGAUAUCGAAAAUGUCGAAGACAUUGAAAAUGUCGAAGAUAUCGAAAAUAUUGUUUUGCAUACAGAUAGGAAUAUCGACGCAUAUCGUUUAUAUUCUGAAGAGAUUAGUGGACGACAUAUCGUCGAUUUUGGGCAUGUUUUUGCUGAAUUGCAAAGACUGUCCACUCAUUGGCUCGGCGAAUGUCGUUUUACUGAUCUCGUAUUGAGCAUAAAGAACCAUGACGGUCUGAAAACCCAAUUUUCUGUCAAAUGUCGAAUGUGUCACACCACAGGUGACUUUUGGAGUGAACCAAAAGACGACAGAAAAUUGGAUGUCAAUAAUGGUAUCGUAUCCGGUACUAUAUUGACAGGGACUGGUCAUAAGCAGCUUGAAGAACUUCUUGCUGCUGCAGAUAUUGCAUGCAUGAACAAUAAAAAAUAUAUAAAGCAUCAUAACGAAAUGUCGGAAGCCUUCGCCGCCGCCGCGGAAGAAGAAAUGCGCGUGGCUGGCGAAGAGGAAAAACGUUUGGCAAUUGAAAGAGGAGAUGUCAUAGACGGCAUUCCGCAUAUACCCGUGAUAACAGACGGCUCGUGGAUGAAGAGAUCCUAUCGUACUGGUAGUUACGAUUCUCCAUCUGGAGCAGCUAUUAUUACGGGAUAUUAUUCAAAAAAAGUUUUAUUUGUCGGUGUCCGGAAUAAAUAUUGUAUCAUCUGUGCAAUAGCAGCUAAACUUUUUUUAAAACCAAAAGAACAUAAAUGUUAUAAAAAUUAGGGAAAUAAUCAAAGCUUGACAAGUAUGGAAAGUGAUAUAAUCCUUGAAGGCUUCCGACAUAGCUUAGAAAUGCAUG